GUUCAAUUCGAUACAGUGUAGCUGUUUUCAUUUAAAUUACGAUAAAGAGUUGGUUAUCAACACAUAUGCAUUUGAAAGGAUGAUGAAGACCAUGGAUGAUGUUUUUAAUCCAUAAAAUGUUAUAACAAAUUUAACCGAUUGAUAUCGUCGAAAACAAUGGCUACCUUCACACAUGUGUUCGCAGACGAAGAAACGACUAAUUGGUUCAAAGCGUAUAUUGCCUUAAUAAUCACAAAAGAAGGAUUGGCGGAUUUUGUUGAUCGAGAGAUUGGAAAUGUGCAAACAACCGUAGGGAGAGGCUGUGGAAAUUGUUCAACAGAAAGUUUGAUAAAAUGCCCUACAUCAGGUAUUUGCAAAACUAACCGCAAUCACUGCAAUUUCCACAGUACAACAGCAAAACAGUACCGACUAUGUCCGACCAAUAUUUGUCAUCAAGUUGUUAUGAAUAUUAAAGCUCAGCAUCGAUACCCCCCCCCCUUCUAUCUUGGAAAAACACAAAGGCUGAACAAUAGGCGACAAAUCAUUGGGAAAUCGCUAAAUGUUUUUGUCCCCCAGAUGGUUAUUUACAUGUGAAUUCAGUACGGGAGACAGACUUUAACGGAGUCAUCAAUGUUCUGUUAAAUUGCAGACACUUCAACACAUUAUUCUCCUUCUGUAUAGCAUCGGGGACUUCUACACAACCGUGCCAACUAUCGGAGGCGCGUUGUAUAGGCAGAGAUGUUCGACACACACCAGACUGCAAGAUCAAUGCAACUGUGCUUCAUGAGUAUUUCGUGACUUUGACGGCUCUGUUGGCCGAUUCAUCGCAUCUCAUUCACGAUCAAACUGCACAAAAAGCGCUUAUGAAACUGCGACAGUUAGAAAAUGACAGUCUAACAAUAAACCACAUCGAGAUGGAAAGACUUCUAAAAGAGGCACAAGAGACCCUAACAAUUUCAAAGAAGGUUGCUGCUGAAUCCAAGAGGCAAAUAGCCGAACAACUUUCAAAGGCCGUAACGGUAAUACAGUCAAAAAUGGGUAACUGUCAGCAUGCAAUCGAUGCACUCACACAACGAAGUAUUGAGAAAAUGUCUGCUGCCGAAAAAUCUGCACUAACUCGUAUCGGUCAAGUUAGGUUGAACUGUGAGAUACAACACAGUGAUCAAAAUGUUAAAGAGUUUUUUCAACGUUUGACUCAGCAUUAUGAGCAAGUAUUAACUAACGUACUAAUUUCGCCCUUUGUGCAAAGUAUUGAUCGACAUAUGCGAGUGCUAUACAGUAAGCCAGCGGUAAACAAAAUCUCCAGACAUAAUGCAGCGAAAAUCAACGUGAACUGCUAUAAUGCGAUGUUUUACAAAUACAACACAUUGAAUGGACGAAUAUAUAUCCAAGGCGAAGCUGGCGUUGGUAAAUCCACAUUUACCGCUAAGUUAACUCUCGACUGGCUAUGUCAAAAAUCAUCGUCACAACAUCUUACGAGCACAUUUGAUGACGCGCAGACACUUGAUGCUUUUGAUUUUGUCUUUUACGUCACGCUGAGAGAUUCUGUGGAUCAUCGUGAUGUAGUGCAGAUGAUCAACGAACAACUAAUUAAUAUGAUUUACACUGACGAAUAUCGCGGGGCCAUCUACAAACUUCUUCAGUACAUCAUGCAAAAAUAUAGAUGUCUUGUGGUGCUUGACGGUCUAGACGAUUGGUCAGAUCCUAAGGGACAGAUUGCAGUACCUUUGAUGGCUAGUAGCAACAUUCUCUGUACGUUGCUCAUUACAACUCGUCCUUGGAAAAUGACUGAUCAACGAAUCAAGGACUCACACAUUGACAUUCUUCUAGAAAUUGAAGGUGUAGAAAAUCCCGACUUGCUGAGCCAAAAAUUAAUUGGUUGCCUUUUCAAUAAUGAAACGGAAUUAAAAUAUAACGAAUUUAACAGCUAUAUAAUAAAACAUCAGCUUUUUGACUUACUUAAUUCUCCUACAAUGCUCACACUGAUUGUGUGUCUUUGGGCUGACGGGGUAUGCCUGAAAGGAUCAAGAUGCGAAAUAUACAGCCACAUACUUGAUUGCUUACUCAAAAGAGCUAUGAGUCGUAGAGCCCUCGUCAAGAAACCUCCGUUUUAUUGUUUCAGAAACACUUGUUUCAGAAACACUAUAUAUUGCCUUGCAAAUGUUGCGGUAAUCGAAGCGCUUUCCAGCGUUGCGUUUGAUCUGUUUUUCGCAUACAGGACGGAGAUUUCAAAGUCAUUCGGCAACAGAGAAUUGAUGAAAUACUUGUCAGAAGAUCAGAAAACAUGUGCAUUGACCACUGGUAUUCUAUCAGAACGAAAGCACAACUCGUUUACCAGGAUCAACUCAACAUUUAGUUUUGUUCAUAAACCGUUGCAAGAGUUUUUAGCGGCCUAUUAUAUAGCAAACAAGCCCUAUGUAAUUGACGAUGAAAUAACUAAUUCCAUUUUCAAAUUCAGCUAUUUGAAUCUUGACAUUUCUCAAACAUAUAUAUUUCUAUGUGGGCUUAAUAUAAAAGCAGCAGAGAAACUGUCUAAUGUAAUUAAUACAACAUGUAGUACGCAUUCGCAUUUGGGAAGAACUACACAGAACAUGAUAUUGGCGGGAUAUAAAGAGGCAAUAUCCAAUAAUAAUAAUAAUUAUAUUGACUUUCGUCCUUCUUGGUCAUUUUUUUUAUUUUGAUAGUAACAAUCACACUUACGCAAAUUACAUUGCCACUGAUGCAAAGAUUUAGCCCGCAUUUUAUUGGCAAACAAGUCAAAUGUCAAAUCAAUAAGUUUAAACAGCGAUUUUAAAGAGAUUAGACAAUGUGAAAUACAGGAUAUAAUAACUUCAUCCGCUCAUUGUAUAGAAUGUUUAGAAUUAGAUGGUGAUUAUGGAGAUUUGGAAUUGUCAGCAUGCUACAAUUUAGAAGUCAUUAAUCUCCGUGGACAUGUGUCGUUUCCAACUGACAGUCUUUUCAAACUAAGAAAGCUAAAACGACUUGCAUUACUCAGUGAAGAAAUGGCGUUAACUAAGGACACUCAUCGCUUGCCGCCUUCAAUCCAACAGGUCAAUGUGCGCGAUGGUGUAUAUUCCUUUGCCAUGUUAAGGAGUUUAAUGAACACGAUAUAUUCACAUGACCUCCACGUGUAUUGCAAUAUUGAUAUAUUUGAUGACGGAUAUCAAGAUAUCGAAAUCCAAGAAGGCAUGUUCAACAAGCCUAUUCUUAAAGGGGCCUUUUCACAGAUUUUGGCAUUUUUUAACUUAUUCAUUAAAUGCUUUAUAUCGAUAAAUGUAAACAAUGGAUCGUAAAAGCUCGAGUAAAAAAUCAAGAAUAAAAUUAAAAAAAGGAAAAGAACAUUGCCCGGACCAGGUUUCGAACCAGUGACCCCUGCCAGAGUCCUGAAGUAAAAACGCUUUAGCCUACUGAGCUAUUCCGCCGAGUACAUAUACUUUAUACCUUAUAUAAGCAAUCUUCGUAGUUUCACAAAAUUUAACGACAAAAACAGAACUCUCCAAAUUAUUCAAUCGUUUCGCGUUGCAACGCUUUAUAAUUUUUAGGUUUUAAAAUCGUCAAAAGAUGCAUAUAAUGGCUAUAUUAGACCAUGCUAAAUGUUCAGUAUUACUGUUUCCUCACAAAUAUCAUAACUAAAACGAAAAUUUGCGAAUCUGAAACAACUUUUUUCAAUUUUGUCAAUUUACCAAAGCGUGAAAAGAUCCCUUUAAUAAUGUUAGAAAAGAUAUGUCAAAUGUAUGAAAUAUGUCUGGAAUCGGGUUGAAAUGUUUUGGUUUCGGUAAUGGUGUUUAUGAAACGUUAAUUGGGGCACCAAUCCGAAGAUUGUCCAUAACAGGAAUUCCAAACGCGCCAUCACUUUUUCGAAUAUUACCAACACUUACCGGUCUCGAGGAGCUUAACGUUAGUACGGUGGAUUUCUGCUGCGAUUUCAAAUUGCCUCAAGUAAUACGACUUAUAAAUUUUGACCCAAUUAUUUGUUCCUCGUCAUCGCUGGCUAAUUUUGUGGCAUCAGUGUCAACAUUAAAGCACACUAUUAAAUGCAACAUGCGUAUAUGUAAAAUGGAAACAAAUAAAAAGCCUGUGUUAGUCAUCUGCCCGGAGUGGUUUUCGAGUCCACCAGAGAUCUUCCUGCAACAAACCCAAGAGGAGGUUUCAAUCAAAUAUGAUCAAGUUGAUUAUUUCGGAAUGGCAGAGGCAUUGGUGUCUGUUAUCAAAGUUUGUCUUCCUACAGGAUUGAAACUUGGCAAACCUGAAAAGGGAUUCUCAAGGGUGCGAAGCUAUAUGACAGGAUUUAUUAAACAAAAAUUAAAUGCAAUAGAAAAUUCUGAAGAGCUAUUAGCUAGCGAUUGCCCAGUAAUGUGUAAACUGUCAAUUCGCCAUGAAGAAUUUUUUAAGAAGGAUAAAACUGAAAAAAACGAAAAGAAAUGUACCUAAAUUGGAAAGCUUCAGAAACAUAUCCACGUUAGCAGUAAGAUGUAAAAGCAACGACACUAUUGAAAUUAUCAAAGCACUAUCAAGCCAGAGGAGUAUAAAAUGUGCAACUUUUGUCGGAAUAGAAACUAUUGCAUUGCUGUCAGAUGCGUUUCCGAAUCUUAUCAACUUGGAGAGGAUACGAAUAAUUACCUGUCCAUGGCUGGUUACUCCGAAUGCGCUACGACGGGUCCUUAGCUUUUACUUUAACCAGACUGUGCACUUGCAAAUGCUGUUCCCUUUCGAAGAUCCCCUUGAUAUGUUUUUCGAAAUCGAACAAGAUCUUAGUGUUAUGAAAAAUGUGGAUGUGAUUAGGUUUGCUCUUCUUCGGGGGCAUUUUAUAAGAAAUUAUCAUAAUGAUAAUGAUGAUGAUGUUGAAGCAGACGAUUACAAACUUAUUACCCCACUAGUUAAUGGUAAGGGAAACCAGUUUUUGAGUUUAAAAAUCAAGUUUAAUUAUGACGAAUUUGCAGCAAUAAAGCUCUGACACUGAACAACCCAAGCGAAUCAAUAAUCAAAGAUUCGGUGUAAAGUGUCAAUAAACGUGAAAAUGAUCAAAUUUAGAUAUAAAAUAUACUUGUUUAAAUGUUCAGUGUUAUUAAAGUGUCAACAUAUGUAAGGAGAGAGUAUUUGAUUUUGUGGACACUGGUUAAAUAUAUUACACUGUCCUCCAAGUCAGUACCUUUGUAUUUCUACUAGAGUAGGGAUUAUUACAGGUUUCAUGCUUUUCAUGAGCAGUUGUACUUUUAACCGUCAUAAGAUGGAUAAUUCUCUUUGAUCACUUACUUAUACGCAUCUCGAACGAUGUUUGGAGUUACAAAUUAAAUCAUCUUCUCAACAAAUAACUAACACAAACUAUAAUAGUACGUAUCUUGGCGCAAAUAUAACGUUUUACUACAAACAUGUUAUUUAUGUAUAACAUGCGUUUUUUUAAAUGCUUGUACUAAUGUUGCUUAUGUUGUGUGUACUGAUCGUGUUGUUAUCUUCUAUCAAAGUCCAUGUUAUGGGACGAUCCCCGAAAUUUUCAACACGAUAACGGGAUUAAUGUAAAUAUCAGGCCUGUCAUGUAUAUUUGGUUCAAUACAAAAUACGGCACAAAAUAUAAUAAAAUAACGGAAUACAAUAAAAUAUCGUUUAUAUUUUGAAAAUUGUAAUUAAUCGUGUUAUCAUUCAGAUUUAUUGUAUACUAUUGUUAUGUUGUAGUUACAAUAUAAAUUAUUUCUUUUGGUAGAAUAGGGUACUUGUGAAAGAAUUAUUAAAAUAAGGACACAAAUAGAAAGACGUGACAAGCAUCUGUCAGGCAAAAUGUACGUAUGUAUUUCCCAAACAACCGUGUUAUAGGAGGGUUAUGCAUUUACAAUAGCUGGUAAGAGUUUAACUUUUAACUAUUCCUUUGAAAAUGAGGUCUGUAAGUUAGUUAUUAGUGAAGUGAUCUUUUCUAAAUUACACUUCUAGAUUACACAUAUAGAUGCAGAAAUGGAAAUCCGUUCAUAUUUUCUUGUUUGCCCCAAAACACCAAUUUAUUCAAUAGAAUAUUUCAUAAGACACAUAUGUGUUUAAAUAAAUUAAAAAAAAAUCAAU